AUGGCUUCGCAAGAAGAGUUGCUUAAGCGUCUUGAACAAGUCACUGUUCGUCUUGAAGCGAUUUGCGCCCAUAAGCCAGCGAUCGCACCAAAGCCAAGUAACCUUGCCUCUGCUGGAGUCGCUUCUAGAUGUUCUGAGAAAUCACUUAGCCCGCCCAAUAUGGAUUCCAUUUAUUGCUCUGCUCCGCGACCAUUCAACAAAUAUCCGAGAGGGUACCGACCGAUGCAAGACGAUUAUUCGAAUAGAAAACUACGACCUUCAAGCAGUUGGUCGUCAUUUUCGCCUGCUACCAGUGAUCAGUAUUCAUCCAGCCUACAACGCUUCCCAACCCUCGACGACACACGCAAUUGGCAAGACGAGCCGCAAUCCCGCAAACCAUUUCGUACUGAGAGCUCAUCGACCCUACUCGAUAAUUAUUCUUCGAUAUACUCACCUAGAGAACUCUCGCCAUUAUCUGUGUCCAGUGAGUAUUGCAACAACGAUUCCGGAUACAUCCCCCAGAGCCCUGUAGUUAGCGAGAUGCCAAGGAUUUAUAACACUGCGCCGAUAACUCAACAAAAUGUUCACUGCCAUUCAACUGCGAUUGUCAAACGGGAGAACGACUUUUUACGAAACCUUCAACGUCAGAAGGAAGAAAUCGCGAAAAAUGAGAGUCGGCAACAAACAGCGUCAAAUUUUUAUGGAAGGUAUGAGCCGAGUCAUGAGGCGGAGCGCCACAAACAAAUUGAAUGGUCACAACAAGAGCAACAUCAGCCUCGGCGUCUGGCUAAAACGCAAUCCGAUCUUUCGACUGACAAUCUUCCGCCUUCUUAUUACAACUCACAGCCAGUAACAACUUCGUCUGGCAGACUUGACGGCUUCUUCCGUAAUCGUAUUAUUGAACCAAAUUGGAUGAAUGAUCCGCCACCUCCAAAAGCUUUCCGAGACGAACAUCUCUUGAGAAAUGCUCCAAUGUCAUCGUCUCUCUCGUCGAACUUCGAUAAAUUCCGACUCGAAAAUAGCUAUCAAGAUCAUUCGGCGGUUUCAAGACCAUUAGUUCGUUCGCCUUCAAUGCCAAUGCCUACUACGGAAAACUAUCAGUAUUACCAAGCCGAACCUCCACAAAACUACUCAACACAUUCGAUUGAUCGCCGUUUUCAUCGUGAGCCGAGCCCACAGCUGAAUUCUUGCAUUUCUCAGCCUCCGUCGUCAAAUUUUUAUGAUCGUCGCGACCACUUUGCAUUUUCACCAGCUCGUCAACCAUCCGGUACUUAUUCUAACACCCAAUCAAGCUACCCAAAAGAUACAAAACAAAGUGGAAUGGAUGUUAGCGGAUAUCAAAAUGUUCCCACCAACGCCGCGGUUUAUCGGGAUCAUCGCGAGCAAAGACAAACUCGAGGAUCGACCUACGAAUCGAAUCGAAAUUCGGGAUCUUUCUCUAAUGAGCCUAUUCCAUUGUCGCAUAAUCGAGUUCUCCACAUCCAUCCCAUUGCUAAUCAUGAGCCAUACAUAAAUAUAAAUCACCAACCUCAACCACCGUCAAAUCAGGACAUCCAGAACUACCCACCGCCACAAUAUCAACGUACGAGAAUUCAGUCGCCUCUCCGCGAUUUUGCCAGGCUUACAUCACCAAUUCGCGAAAACAACAUCGAUCUUCAACAUAACGAACAACCUCAACGAUUUAAUCAACCUCCUGUGGAUGAACGCAUAUUCAGCCCAGUCGAAUCGAAAGUAUUCAAUCGCACUGUGCCAACUGUUAUAAACGGAUUCACAAGUAACCGCCACACUUAUAACAGUCACACCGAUCAAUACGAUGCACAAAACCGACGAGAUACUUCUCAACCGCCCGUGGCCAUCAUUGAGCCAAAUAUCAAUGUGCACAUGCCUCAAGAUCCAAUUCCCUACGACAAACCACAUUUCGGACAUCGUCAUUCAUAUACAAAUCAACGACAUCCUCACUUACCUAGGCAAGAGUACAAUUCGCUUCCAAAGCGAUUGGAGCUUUCGCCAAUUUCAACCUACGACAAUGAAAGUGAUUUGGAUAUUGAAGAGAUGGCUCGUCGUGUUUUGCCAAAGUAUCUUCAUGAUGAUGGGCGAAGUAAUGGUAGAAAUGGAAUGGACGGCGAUAAUUUGCAAGGAAUUUUAAUUAAAAAUCCUUCCCUUCAUAGAACUUCCUCAAAGAAAGUAGUGUUUAUUGACCAGGAUAGAGGACAUCAACAUGCUACAGAAGAUGCACCAGCUCACGUUCGUGCUUAUGAUGAUGCCGUUAAAGGAGCUCUUGAGAAAUGGAAGCAGUUGACUGAUCAAAUUGGAGGAGAUAUUGCCACUUUGAAGCCGAAAGUUCUCCAAGUUUUCGAUAAUCUUCGAAAAUAUUUGUGGACUGCUGCUGGAAUGCAAGAGCCUUCUGCACAGGAGUCGCAAAAGAUGCUCGCUCCGAUGAUUGAGCUGAUGAACGACAUUUCCUCGUUCAAGGACUCGAAAAGAAACACACCGCAAUUCAAUCAUUUGAGCACUAUCGCUGAGGGUUUGCCAGCCGUGGGAUGGGUCGUAGUGAAGAAAACUCCUGGACCAUACAUCAAGGAAUACAUCGAUGCCUCGAUGUUCUUUGUCAACCGCAUUCUCAAUGAGUUCAAGGAGACUGACCCACGUCAUGUUGAAUGGACAAAGGCAUGGCGUGAAAUUUUCGAUGAGAUGCAAAAGUUUGUGCGCCAAGUUCAUACGACUGGACUUGUGUGGAAUAGUGCUCCUGGAUCUGCUCCACCAAGCGGUGGAUCGGCUGCUCCAGCAGCUCCGGCUCCAGUUAAGGGUGGUCCAUCAAUGCCACCACCGCCACCAAUUCCAGCUGAUUUGUUCGCCAAUCUUCCUCCAGCGCCUGCAGCGGUUGAUAAGGACAAGGCUAAUCGUGACGCUCUUUUCGCCUCCCUCAAUAAAGGAGAAGCAAUCACUUCCGGAUUGAGAAAGGUUACUGCUGAUAUGCAAACACAUAAGAAUCCAAACCUCCGUGGAAAUGUUGCUCCGGUCCCAUCGAAGUCUCAAGGAGCAGCUGCUCCGACUGCAAAGCCAGCUCAACCGGUGAGAAAGCCAUCACGCAAGGAGCUUCAGGAUGGUAAACAAUGGAAUGUGGAAUACUUUGUGAACGAUCCAAACAUUGUCAUUGAUGUCAACGACAAAAAGCAAACAAUCUACGUUUUCCGCUGCGAAAACAGUGUCAUAAAGGUCAAUGGAAAAGCCAACUCGAUCACCUUGGAUGGCUGCAAGAAGACGUCGAUUGUUUUCGACGCUUUGGUUGCCCAAUGUGAGACAAUCAACUGCCAAAGCAUUCAAAUCCAGACGCUUGGAGAAUUGCCAACAUUGUCCAUUCAAAAGACAGAUGGUUGCCAAGUUUACCUCUCGAAGGUUGCGCAAGGUGCGGAAAUUAUUACUUCAAAGUCGAGCGAAAUGAAUAUUCUUGUUCAAACCACCGAAGAUGGAGAUUACGUCGAGUUCCCAGUCCCGGAGCAAUUCAAAACAACCUUCGUCAACGGCAAACUUGUCACAACUGUCUCCGAUAUUUGCUAA